AUUUGCACAUUUGCCAACACAGUUCGAAGAUAAGAAUUUAAUUAAAACUUAGAAACUAUGAAAACAGAUUAUUUUAUUAAUUAAUAGAAAUACUGGGAUUUACUAAUUAAUCAUCAUGAAUAGCCUGACAUUAACUUUAAUAGUGCAGGUCACAUUCUGCUUAUUGGGAGUUGCGUUUGCCAACCGAGACUUUUACAAAAUUCUUAAUGUACGUAAGUCGGCAUCUACCAAUGAAAUAAAGAAGGCGUACAGAAAUUUGGCGAAAGAGUUGCAUCCAGACAAAAAUAAAGAUGAUCCGUUAGCAUCGGAAAAGUUCCAAGACUUGGGAGCCGCCUACGAAGUGCUUUCCGACCCUGACAAACGAAAAACGUAUGAUCGCUGUGGCGAAGAAUGCUUGAAGAAGGAUGGCAUGAUGGAUCAUGGAGCUGAUCCAUUUGCCAGCUUUUUCGGCGAUUUCGGCUUUCACUUUGGCAACGGCGAUCCUCACGAACAUCAAGCAGCUCGAGGGGCUAAUAUUGUGAUGAAUCUCUAUGUUACUUUGGAAGAGUUGUAUUCAGGUAACUUUGUAGAAAUUGUGCGAAACAAACCGGUUUUAAAACCGGCAUCCGGCACACGCAAGUGCAACUGCCGGCAAGAGAUGGUAACUCGCAACUUAGGACCCGGUCGUUUCCAAAUGAUACAGCAAACGGUCUGUGAUGAAUGCCCGAACGUGAAACUUGUGAACGAGGAACGUACACUAGAAGUUGAAGUCGAAGCAGGAAUGGUGGAUGGCCAAGAAACAAAAUUUGUUGCUGAAGGCGAACCUCACAUGGAUGGGGAGCCGGGUGAUCUCAUAAUUAAGGUGCUGCAAACACCACACGAGCGAUUCCAGCGCAAAGGUGAUGAUUUGUACACAAACGUCACAAUAAGUUUACAAGAUGCGCUUAUUGGUUUUACUAUGAACAUUACGCAUUUGGAUGGACACGCAGUAAGCAUUACGCGCGAAAAAAUAACCUGGCCGGGGGCACGGAUACGUAAGAAGGGCGAAGGAAUGCCAAAUUAUGAAAACAAUAAUUUGCAAGGCAAUUUAUACAUAACGUUCGAUGUGGAGUUCCCUAAAAAGAACUUGGAUGAUGCAGAAAAAGAAGAUCUUAAAAAAAUACUUGAUCAAACCUCCAUUAAUCGGAUUUAUAAUGGGUUGUGAGGAUUCAUCUAUGACUGUCUGCAUUUGUGAAUAGCGGGGUAUUUAUAAUUUUUAGUUUUAAAAAAAUGCUUGCUUUUGGCAUAGAAUAUUGUAAUAUUUAAAUUGUAACAUAUUCUUUGAACUUUAUCAUUAAGUUAAUUUAAAAAACAGGUCAGUAGUUACACUUUAAUGAAUGAAACUAAAUUCUAAGUUAUUACGAAAUACCAAAUGAUGCUAGUAACGUAAAAACAAAAUACUCUGUAGUUGUUCCUUUAAUAAAUUGGAGCUGAACGGCAAGUUGAAAUUAAUGCGAUGCAAUAAAAUGUAUCUACACGUUUUUCUAAAGAGGAAAACAAAUGAA